AUGGGUACUAAACGUGAGAACACCUUGGUAGUAGACUUUAGGGUGUUGCCGAAGCGACCAGAUGCAUCUGCCGUACAGAAAUUCAUGUACGGUGAGUUGAAACUGGACAUAGCGGACGCCUUAAAUAUCCAGUUCCACAAUGUUAGAAACUGUGUCUACGUCGAGAUGGUAGAUACAGCAACAGCCAAGCGCUACUUUGCAUCACACCAUCUACAACACACUAUGCAGUGCGAGAAAAAAGCUUACAAAAUUCCCGUGUUCGUGGAAGACGAAGCCGUUAACGUGAGAAUCCAUGAUCUCCCUCCGAAAACACCUAACACGGUGAUUAUAGAAAGUAUGCGACCAUACGGUACUAUUCUUUCCAUCAGCAGAGAAAUGUGGAAGAAUAAUUUUCCCGGCAUCUACAAUGGAGUACGUGUAGUACGGAUGAAACUCAAACAACUCAUCCAUUCCUAUCUGACGAUCGAUGGUGAGAAAACAUUGAUUACAUAUCGCAAUCAAGCAAAAACCUGCGAAACCAGCAAAAACACCCAGCACCAACACUCCGAUGGAAACAAUAGCGCACAAGAAUCGACGGAUAGUGAAUCGGAUGAAUUUCUAACCGUCACCAACAAACGAAGGUUGUCAACGAAACAAAAACACAACAAUGCGAAACGAUAUAUUACGAACCAUGGUUGCAGGGUUGCCAGAAUGAUGAAUCAGCAGGAAAUGAAAAUUCGAUGA